CUGCUUUUGCCAUGGCGGUCGGUGGCAUAUACUUCCGGCUUCCUUGACGGCUCUGAAGUCUGAGCGAGUUGUUGCUGAAUCGGCAGGUCUCUCCUUGUCAAGCUGUUCCUCUGAUCUGCUCCGAAACCUAGGGUUUUAGAGGAUUACGCGGACUCCAUUCUUGAGCAGUCGAUGGAGCCUGUUGGGAAAUCCGAAGAAACCCCUUCAAUUCAUACUCAGAAGAGAGCUGGAACUGUCAACUGGGGCACAGCAACUGUUGUCGGAGUGUUUGCAGGCCUUUUGUACGGAGGCAGCAAGGAGGCUUCUGCUUCUGUUAGCAAGGAUGCAGAAUUGAUGCUGAAGCUUGGAAGCACGCCAGACAAGCGGGAGCAGUAUCGACUGAUGAGAGACGCCAUGGAGAAGAGAUUUAUCCGGGUUGCACGAGGCUCCAUUGUAGGAGGAGUACGCCUUGGAAUGUUCACGGCAGCAUUUUGUGGUCUACAAAAUCUGCUGGCAGAGAAGCGAGGAGUUCGCGAUGUUCUCAAUAUUGCUGGAGCCGGUUCAGCAACUGCUGCAGCAUUUGGUCUCCUCUUACCGGGAUCGUUCAUGUGGCGCGUGAGAAAUGUGGCUCUAGGCUCAGCCUUGGGAGCAGCAGUAUGCUUCCCUCUUGGUUGGCUCCAGUUGAAGCUCGUGGAAAAAGCGAACGAAGGGAAUUCUGCCAUUCGCCAAGGAUCUGAUCAACAGGAAGGUUCGAGGAGUGGUGUCAGUGCUGCAAUAGACAGGCUCGAGGGGCACUUGAGUAAAUAAUGUACUCAUGUGGAAUUGCUUAAUUGACUCCAAAGGAAAUCCAGCGUCGUGCAGGUGGAAAAUCCAGUUAUAUAAGAGCAAGAUAGGGAAAUCAGCAAGCCUUAUGAGAAGGCUGUUUCUUUGUCGAGAUCUCCUAAGUAGAGCCAGAAAGAUGUUUGCAUUGCCGAUUUUCCAAUAUUUGGUUGUUUAUGAUAGAUUUGUGAAUCUAAGGGAGAAGUUUUGAUGAUAAGUUCAUCAUAGUCUGAGGUUAGACCCAGCCUUGUAGCUUAGACUCUUGUUGAAUAAUGAUUGCAAGAGUAAGCAAUAAAACUUCUGCAAUAUUCUUCCA